AAAUAAAACAUAAAAAAUGAAAGCUUAGUGUUGGACUGUGAUUUGUGGGCUAACUAAAUCUCUAAUAAAAUCCCUAAAGCAGUAAAACUCAACUCAACUCAACUUAACUCUCUCCUCUUCUCCUCUCAACUCUCAAGUCUCACCCACCACAACCGCCGUGUGUGGAUAUGGAUGAUAUGAAAGGAGAUAAGCUAAUAUUAAGGGGACUGAAGUUUCAUGGUUAUCAUGGGGUGAAACCUGAAGAAAGAACACUUGGUCAGAAAUUUGUCAUUGAUGUUGAUGCUUGGAUGGAUCUUCGAAAGCCUGGCAUAUCAGAUCAAUUGUCUGACACUAUUAGUUAUACUGAAAUUUACCGAAUAGUGAAGGGGGUGGUGGAGGGAACUCCUCAAAACCUUUUAGAGUCUGUAGCUCAUCAAAUCGCGUCGAUUACCUUCAGUAAGUUUCCUCAAAUAUCUGCUGUUCGUGUGAAGGUUGGAAAGCCUCAUGUUGCAGUCCAAGGGCAGCUAGACUAUUUGGGAGUUGAGAUUUUUCGUUCAAAACCCGCUGAUGGACAAAGCUAGCUCACAUAGUUUGUCUAUGAAUAAUUUUCCCCUCCAAGUAGAGGUGUUUGUGUAAAACUUGUUUCCGGCGAACAGCCGAGUUUGGUUAUCGUCAACUGUUUUAAUGUAUUACUUUUCCAUAAA